AUGUCUCCGAUUGCCUGUAAAAUGCCACCAAAUGCAACACAAUGCCACCAAACGACAACCCCCGGACACACAUCAUCGAACCACUCGACGGGCUGUGCCAAUGAAAGCGCUCAGAAAGGACGUCUUGGACGUCUUGGUCGUCUCGUCUGCCGGGGAUCGCUGACCAGGGCUCUUGUUGUUUUGGUCUCUGGUUUUCUGGUUUCUGGACUUGGAGGAUGUCCAGAACGGAACAGCACGACGCAUCCAGCGUCUUCUGCUGGGACUAGACUCUCGUCUUUGAAACUGGCCAAGGGCAGUGGACUUCCCAUGGCUGCGACUGUCACGUCCGCCUUGUCAACCUUGUCCAGCAAGCCCACAGCAGGCUAG